UCCCUCCAGGCUUCUAACCACAUGAAUGCUUAUUUUUAUAGGUUUGUUCGUUUCUUGCUUUGAUAUCCUGCCUUUCUUCCAAAAAUAGUGUUCUCCUGCUAGAGGCCCUCUGGGGUUUGGCCUUAAAGGAGCAGCAGUUUGGUAACUACAGGAAUGUCCUUGGCUCGUACCGUAAGGCGGGCAGCUUUCGUGGCCCUUGUGCUCGGAAUAAUCACCUUCAUCAGCUACGUUUUCCACAAGUCCAAGUUUACCAUCUUCAGAGGACGGAUGAAACCAUUCGAAGGAAAUCAAAUUGCUGCAAAUUUUGAUGGCAGUGCAGUGAUCCCAUUGGCAAAAAAGGAGAAAGAGGUAGAGGACAUCCUUAGAAAACUGGACCAGCUGAUGCCCAGUGUCACUCUCAUACUUAUAAAUACCACCACAAGUUCCAAGAACAGCAAAGCCACCAUAUUAAGCCACAAAGACUCUUAUUGUGUUGGAGAGCACUUGAUGGUUCGGCUGGAUUUGUAUGACCACUUGGGAAAGAGGAAAGAGUACGGAGGGGAUUUCUUACGAGCAAGGAUCCAUUCAUCGAGUCAAAAGGCCGGAGCUUCAGGGCUCAUCAAAGACUAUAGGAAUGGGACGUUCCUGGUCAAUUUCACUUUAUUUUGGGAAGGUGAUGUCAGUAUUUCUCUCUUGCUGGUCCACCCCAGCGAAGGAGUUUCUGCCCUGUGGGCAGCCAGGAAGAAAGGUUAUGACAAAAUAUUAUUCACGGGCAAAUUUUUAAAUGGAACAUCAGAUGUCCUCACUGUAUGUGGUUUAUACAUGGCCACAAAGGCAGAACUUUGUGAGUAUCUAGUUGAGCCAGACCAGGAGGCCUUCUACUGCGUGAAACCAAAGAAUGUGUCAUGUAAAGCUUUCCUUUCCCUGAGGUCCUACAACACACCCGUCUCAUAUCUCACAGACUUGGAAUUGAGCCUUUUAAAGAGGUCCAGUAUUGGAGUUGAGAUCCCUCAGACUUUUGGGGACAUCCACGUUGUGCCCUGUGAAAGCAACGAGAGAACAACAAGCACAAAAUGUUGGGUUGGGAUGAGUUCCCCAUUCCCCAGCGGCUUCGUGUGGCAGGACCAAUGGCACCCUGUUUUCUGCAACAGGCCCAGUUUCAAUAGCUUGGAACAGAUUUACACUUGCCUGAAAGGAAAGCUGAUUUACUUCAUGGGAGACUCAACUGUGCGGCAAUGGAUGGAGAAUCUUCAAAGAAGAGUGAAGACUCUUAAAAACCUUUACAUCCUGGGAACAAACAAAGUUGUGACAUUGAUCGCUGAGGAUGCCGCAAGAAACAUUCAUAUCCAAUGGAAGAAACAUGGCCAUCCCUUCAUAAGUUCCCACGAGUACACAGUGAAAUUUCACACCUCUGUUGCUCUUCAAAUUGACAAUGUGGCAGGUGGCAAAGACACGGCUGUAGUCAUUUCUCUGGGACAGCACUUCCGUCCCUUCCCUAUCAAGCUCUUCAUCCAAAGGGCAAUUAACAUCCGAAAAGCCAUCCAGCGUCUUCUCCUGAGAAGUCCAGACACACGAGUCAUCAUCAAGGGAGAGAAUACCCGGGAGAUGGACAUAGACCAGGAGCGAUUUAGUGACUUCCAUGGCUACGCCCAAUACCUGGCACUAAAGGACAUUUUUUGGGAUCUGGAUGUUGGCUUUAUUGAUGCAUGGGACAUGACAAUUGCAUAUGCUACAAACAAUGUUCAUCCGCCACGUCAUGUGGUUAUGAAUCAAAUUAAUAUGCUUUUAUCCUACCUUUGUUAAAUUACUUAAGAAAAUGCCAUGUAAAAACUGUAAUUAGAUGAAACUAAGAAGUUGGGAUCAGCAGAAGCUAUUAUUAAAAGUCUAAAAAGAAAA